AUGAAAUGCUAUUUCAAUGGAACUCUGCUGAUCAGCGUGCUCCCUCCACUGUUGGUGACAGAGUUUGUUUUGGGAGCUCUCGGAAAUGGUUUGGCUCUCUGGAUCUUCUGCUUCCACCUGAGGCCCUGGAAGAGCAGCACGGUGUUACUCUUCAACCUGGCCUUGGCUGAUUUUCUGCUCAACAUGGCUUUGCCUUUUCGUGCCAGCUACUACUUCUCUGAGAUCAAGUGGAUGUUUGGAGGCGCUCUCUGCAACGUCUGUCUCUUCAUGUUGGCCAUGAAUCGCAGUGGAAGUACAAUCUUCUUGAUGGCUAUCGCUGUGGACAGGUACAUGCGUGUGGUGCAUCCCCAUCAUCCCAUCAACUCUCUGAGUAUCUCCAAAGCCAUAUGUGGAGCGCUUGGCUUAUGGCUGCUCACCAUCUCAAUGACAGCUCAUGUCUUCACUCUGAAACACAACACAACCUACUGUGAGAGCUUCCUGAUCGAGACUGAACCCCAACAAAAUCUGACCUGGCAUAAAUUCGAGUUCAUCUUUUCCUUCUACAUUCCUCUGCUGGUUAUUCUCUACUGUACAUUCCAAAUUAUUGGCCACCUGCGAAGGAGACAGCUGUCCCAGCAUGCAAAGAUCAAGAAGGCUCUGUGUUUCAUUGCAGUUGUGGCGGCACUCUUCGUCAUUUGCUUCCUCCCGAGCAACAUCACGCAGCUGCUGAUUUGGAUCAGGACCCAACAAGUAGCCAGCACUCUUCCUGAAUCUGAAGUCUGCCCUGCUCUGGAAAACCUGACCACCUCAUUUUACAUCACCAUCAGCCUGACCUAUCUCAACAGCGUGUUGGACCCUGUGGUUUACUACUUCUCCAGCCCUGUCUUCAAGAACAUCUGCAGGAAAGCUCUUCAUCUGUCCCAAACAGACACUGCUGAAAGCACAGAGAGGAAAACUCGAGAAACAGGCUCCCAGUCUCUCAGUCAGCUGUGAUCACAAAACUCAAGGAACUCAUUGAGACAGAUGCAGCUAAAAUAUUGAUGAA